UCCAUGUUACUUGCAGAGAGCGUCUCAUUUCUGUCUUCUGUCAUAGAUAUCAGUCUCUUGACGCGCUUACGUAAGGGCUGCGCCACAUCUUCAGGGCGCAACGGAGACGGAAGUUAAGCACAGGAACACCGACGUUAGCUCGUUUGUUCGGGCUGUAUGAGAGCUCUGUUAACCUUUCCCGGAGAUUGGGGUGAACAGUUUCGCCCGAGGGGUUCUUGUGGGGACAAACAGUGAAGUAACGCUUCGACGAACAAAUAACACCGUCUUACCUGUCAUACUCUAAAUCCGAGUUAAGGGGACUACAGAACAGGCUUCAUCAUGGCUCCACAUUCUGUAAUACAGGCUCUCAUUGACUUUUCAGCAGGAGCAGCAGGUGGUACAGCCUGCGUGCUGAGCGGUCAGCCGUUUGACACCGCCAAGGUGAAGAUGCAGACGUUUCCCAGCAUGUACCGUGGCUUCAUCCACUGCUUCGUUUCAACUUUCAAACAGGUGGGACUCCGUGGUCUCUACAAAGGCACCACACCAGCCCUCCUGGCCAACAUCAGUGAGAAUGCGGUGCUCUUCUUGAGUUAUGGCCUGUGCCAGGACGCUGUCCGUCUUUUGUUAAGGAUGGAUAAAGGAACAGAGCUCAGUGAUGUCCAAAAAGCUUCUGCGGGGUCUUUAGCUUCCAUCUUCUCCUCUAUGGCCCUUUGCCCCACAGAGCUGGUGAAAUGUCGUCUGCAGGCCAUGCAUGAAAUGGAGGAGACUGGAAAGGUUGCAAAAGGACAGCGAAGCACUGUCUGGUCUGUGGUUAAGAGUGUGCUGAGGACAAAUGGUCCUUUGGGUUUCUACCAGGGACUCACCUCAACCAUUGUCAGGGAGAUACCAGGAUACUUCUGCUUCUUUGGUGCCUACGAAGUAUGUCGGACUACAUUUGCACAGCAUAUGGGGACAGACAAAGACAGUAUAGGCAUUCUGCCUCUUAUGUUCAGUGGUGGAUUUGGAGGGGCUUGUCUUUGGCUAGUGGUCUAUCCAAUAGACUGUGUAAAGUCUAGGAUCCAAGUCUACUCUUUAGCUGGAAGGCAAGAGGGUUUCAUGAAGACCUUCAUGGGUAUUAUACGCACUGAGGGUCUCACUGCUCUGUACUCUGGUUUGACUCCUACCAUGAUACGCACCUUCCCUGCCAACGGAGCGCUCUUCCUAGCUUAUGAGUUCAGCCGUAAAUUUAUGAUGGACACAGUGGGGGGCCUCCAAGCGCCAGACUCUUCACGGAUGAUCUCGACUACAUGCAGCACAGUGGAGAUGGUUACUCCACGCAAACUUCAGAUCAGUGAAGAAAAUGUUGAAGAUAAAAAUGCAGGCAGGUUGGGAUGUUUUGGUUGGCUGCUGGUAAUCAUAUCCCUCCUGUUUAUAGCGCUAACCUUCCCAAUCACAUUGUUUCUGUGUGUCAAGAUAGUAAAGGAGUAUGAGCGAGCAGUCAUUUUCAGACUUGGGCGAAUCUCCGAUCGGAAACCUAAAGGACCAGGCCUAUUUUUUGUUUUGCCCUGCACUGAUAACUUUGUGAAAGUUGAUCUAAGGACUGUGUCUUUUGAUAUCCCUCCACAAGAGAUCCUGACUAAAGACUCGGUCACUGUGUCCGUGGAUGGAGUCGUCUACUUCCGCAUUCACUGUCCCAUCUCAGCUGUGGCCAACGUGUCCAACGCACACUCCUCCACACGGCUGCUUGCUCAAACCACUCUGAGGAAUGUACUCGGCACCAAAAACCUUUCAGAACUACUGUCUGACAGAGAAGGAAUUUCAGUGAGCAUGCAGGCGGCCCUGGAUGAAGCCACUGACCCAUGGGGGAUCAAGGUGGAGCGUGUGGAGAUCAAGGAUGUGAAGCUGCCUCAGCAGCUGCAGAGAGCCAUGGCUGCAGAGGCGGAGGCCAGUCGGGAGGCCAGGGCUAAAAUCAUCGCUGCAGAAGGUGAGAUGAAUGCUUCCCGGGCUCUGAAAGAAGCGGCUCUAGUCAUCAGUGAAGCCCCGUCUGCUCUCCAGCUGCGAUACCUGCAGAGUCUCAACGCCAUCGCUGCAGAGAAGAACUCCACCAUAAUCUUCCCUCUGCCCAUAGACAUGAUGCAGAGUUUCAUGCAGAAAAAGUGAUGAACCAUGUAGCCUGCACAAUUAUUUUCGUCCCAAAGUAAGUUUGCAUGUUUCGAAUAGGGAGGAAAAAGAGCUACUCAUUGAUGCAAAUACAAACCAAACACUGUUUUUGUGUACUUAUUAUGCUUAAUGUGAUUUAAUAAUUAAAUACAAAGUGCAACAUACAUAGCCAUAGCCUCUCAUUACUAACCUCAGCUAAGUUACAGUUUCAGUAGAGAAGGGCAUAUGAAGUAGGCAAGGAACAAAAACAAUUCACAAAUAACUUAUAAAGACAUGCUUUCAUGGAGACUUCUCUGGAGUAUUUGAUUACAAUCAUUUUUAACAACAAUCCACAGAAGUAGCAACAUCCACAUGAUGCAGCAACCUCUCUCUGAUAUUGCAUGAAAACUAUAAACAAAAGCUUAACUCUUAUUCAUUCAGUAAAUGUGUACAAGACGGUGUCCACAGGACACAGAGGCAAUCAGUGCAAUUGGAGUACCUGAUGUAGAGAAAGGCAACUUCCACUGUCAGAAUACAGCAAAUCCUCUUCCCAAUAAACGUAAUUAUCUUAUCUACCAAUAAACACAGCUAUAGCCAAAUACCUGCUUUAAACAUGUUUACACACAUUACAAUAGAUGAAAUGUAUAAAUGAAAUACUGUAAUGCUUAAAGCUGCAGUAGGGAACAUUUCUAAUCAUUUAUUUAUUUAUUUGCAUAAUUGUUAAAAUUGUCACCAUGUCAUGAUAUUAUAACAUGAGACAGAUAAUAUGGGAAACAAUUGAGCUCCUCCGUUUCCUCUCCGUGGUUCCGCAGCCAUCUGCAGUAAUAUACUGCAUUCACUCAGAAACAACCAAUCAGAGCCAGGACAUGGGUCUUAAUUCUGUCAAUCAUGCUGAUGUAUCCACUCCUCGAUGGAAAAAACCAGUCAUCUAUUGUCAUCAGUGGCCAUGCUAACUAGCCUUAGCUUUCAUGGCAGGCUCCAGUGUGACAAACUAGCUGAGAGCAAGGGGAGCGUGUGAGCUGCAUGGACAGAAGCGUAACACCCUCCUCCUGGUUCUGAUUGGUUGUUUCUGAUUGAGCGGAGUAUUUCUGCAAAUGGCAGUAGGACCACAGGGAGAAAACAGAGGAGCUCAAUUUUUCACAGAUUGCCUCUCUCAUGUUUUAAUAAACAUGUGAAAAACAUAUUGUUUCUAAAAGUUACUCACUGCAACUUUAUGUAGUGAUAUAUUUCAAAGACCUAUUUGGAAUAUUUCUACCUACUGCUAACAUCUAAGAAAAAUGUUUAGCAAGACAGACUUCUGACGGCUGGUUGUCAUUAUGUAAACAUGAAUGAAUAAAAUAAAUGAAAUUUAAAUAAAA